AUGGAUACAUCUUGCACCUCUCUGUACAACGGCAAAGUUGCAAAUCCGGCUUAUGGUCCGAAUUUACCCUUUCACGCACAGGUUGGACGUCUGGCUUGUCGUUCUUCGGCUCAAUUCUAUAUUUCAACCACUCUUAAAGUGCACCCACUUUUCUCGGCGGGAGACUAUUUUGGGCCCAAGAAAACGAUAUCGAUAUUUGUCAGGUUUAGCCUCGGGCCAGGACUACACCGUCAAAUGAGGCCAGCUUCUAAAUUUGCUUACUGGAAUGUUGACGCCAAACAUUCUUUGAUCGUCUCUCAAGGCUAUAUUCAUCGUGUCGCUCAACUCUUCGGAACCGAUGUAUCAAUUGUCAUAUCAGUCGCUCUCUACGUUGUGUUUUCGACCGCUUACCCCCGAAUCAACGACUUGACUCGGGCGACGUGGGCAUUUUCCACACCUGAGGUGCCAUGGCGUGCAGUGGUUAUCGCCAUGUCUUCGACCACGUUGUCUAUCCCACUGUCUUCUGUGUAUACGACCAUUGCACUUAGAAUGACAACCAUCAUGUCCGUCGUUCCAAAUUAUCAGCGGUUCCUCCAAGAUACCACAUCUUUGUACCGGCCACUCUGGCAUUCUUUUGGAGAAGAGUACUUUGACAGCUACCAGGCAUAUUCCUAUCCUGUUGCGGCGGAUUGCAUUACAGGAGAGAAGGUGCUGGUAGUACUUAUCAUAAAUGCCGUGUUUGCGAUUUUGGGAAUUUCUGGUGCCACAUGCGGGACGGCCGCUGGGUCGAUAUAUACUGAACAGACACAGUAUUAUGGUCUUCUCUGCCAACCUGACACCCAAACAGGUUCCAGAGCUACCGAAGCCUUUUGUUGCGAGGCUUCUGAGUAUGAUAGAGGUGACUAG